AUGCGGCCCCCCACGGCUCGGGACCUGCCCCCAGGUAGGCGCGGGGUCGGGCGGGGUCCCACGGGUGUCGGGUGGACCCUGGGGUGCCACCCGGAGACCUCGGUCCCGGCUCGGGGCGCCCCGCGGCGCUCGGGGUGCGGGCGCCCCGGGGUGAGUGGGGAGCCCCCGGUGCGCGGGGACCCCGGGGCCGCCCCGGAACUCGCGGCCCGGCGCGGGGGCGCAGUCCCGGGGCACCCCACGUUGAGUUACCCGCGACCCCCGGCUGCCCGGCGCGAGGGUGCCCCGCGACCCACGAGGUGCCUGCUGCCAGCCCAGCCCGAGGUGUGGCUGUCUCACGACCCCCGGGGUGGCCGGUGCCACCCCGGGACCUCCAGCCCGGCGUGGGAGUACCCCAUGACACGUGGGUACUCGCUGCUAUCCCCGGCCCCCCGGGGCAGCGUGGGGGUGCCCCACGAACCCCGGCACGCCCUGUGCAGCACCGGCGUGCGUAGCCCGGCUUCCGGGCGCUCCACGAUCCACGGGGUACCCGCCCGGCGUGGAAACGCCCCACAGUUCCCCGUGUGGGCACCGCGGGGAGCCGGGAGCGCCCGGGUCACGCCGCGGGUGGAUGCCGCGGGUCUGUGGGGUACCCGCAACUACCGGGCGGCGACUGGGCGCAUCCACGCAUCCCCGGGCGUGGAUCCAGGCCGCCGGGCUGAAUUAUGGAUGAAGCUCUCGGGUUGCAGCCUGAGGGGGGGGAUGGACACGGGUGGGGGGGGGGAGAAGGGGGGGAUGCUGAACACCCGGAGCGGCGGCGCGUGUCGUCAGCCCGCGCCCACGCGUGCCCCGCCCCACACGUGGCCGCGGCACGCGCGCACGUGGCACCGCCCCGUUUGGGGAGGGGGCACGGACCCCCCCCCAGACUGGGGCGGGCGCCCGGCGGCCCUGCUGCUGCUGGCGGCGCUGGUGUGGGUGCCCGGCGGGGCUCCCGCCUGCCCCGCGCUCUGCACCUGCUACGUCUCGCCGCCCACCGUCAGCUGCCAGGCCAACAACUUCUCCUCGGUGCCCGCGGGGCUCCCGCCCGGCGCCCGCCGCCUCUUCCUGCAGAACAACGUCAUCGGGGCGCUGCGGGCGGGCACCUUCGGGCCCAGCACCGUCACCCUCUGGCUCUACUCCAACAACAUCUCCUCCAUCCAGCCGGGCACCUUCCGCCACCUGCCCGCCCUGGAGGAGCUCGACCUGGGUGACAACCCGCACCUCCGCGUCCUGGCCCCCGACACCUUCCACGGCCUCCACCGCCUCCAGGCCCUGCACCUGUACCGGUGCCGGCUGGCCAACCUGCCCAGCGGCAUCUUCCGCGGCCUCCGCAGCCUCCAGUACCUCUACCUGCAGGAGAACGGGCUGCUCUACCUCCAGGACGACCUCUUUGCCGACCUGGCCAACCUGAGCCACCUCUUCCUGCACGGCAACCGGCUGCGGGCGCUGUCGGAGGGCGUCUUCCGGGGGCUGUCGAGCCUGGACCGCCUGCUGCUGCACGCCAACCGGCUGGCAGCCAUCCACCGCCGCGCCUUCGGGGGGCUGGCGCGCCUCACCAUCCUCUACCUGUUCAACAACAGCCUGGUGGCCCUGCCCGGGGACCCGCUGGCCGCGCUGCCCUCGCUCCAGUUCCUGCGCCUCAACGCCAACCCCUGGGCCUGCGACUGCCGUGCGCGCCCGCUCUGGGCCUGGUUCCGCCGCACGCGUGUCUCCAGCUCCCCGGUGCCGUGCGCCAGCCCCCCGCACCGCCGCGGCACCGACCUGCGCCACCUCCGCCCCCGCGACUUCGACGCCUGCCCCGAGGACGACGACGACGACGAGGACAUGGAAGAUGGCAACGGUGGCAACGGGGUGGCGGUGAUGGGCACCCCGGGGCGGGCGCUGGGUCGCCCCGGCACCCUCCCGGCCGCGCCGCCCUCCGCCUUCUACCGCGACGGGCUGCCCCCCCACGACCUGCGGGGACCCCAGCCCCGGCCGCCCCCCCCGUCCCGUGACUCCCGCGGGCCCCCCGAGGACGCCAGCUGCCCCCACGACCCCUGUGCCCCCAUGGCCGCCGCCGCGCCCCACCGGCCCCCCGCCCUCCUGCCCCUCCUGGCUCUGAUCCUGCCCCGACUCUGA